AUGAAAAAACGCAAUGAAGAGUUUGACGACUAUUACGAUGUGUAUGAGGAGAACUGGACAAACGACACAUUCGAGGAACUAGAAUUUACGCAGAGCCUGGAAAAAAAUAUAAAAAAAAAAUUAAGCAAAGAAGAGUCAAAGCAAAGUAUAUUUUUCUGCACAGAUGAUAACACUAAAAUGAGUAAUGUUGAAGAGGCGCACCUAAGUAGGAGCGAUUUAAAUUUAAUCAACGAGUUAGAAACUUCCAUUUCCAAGGGGGAGAGGAGAGGCCCCCACGGGAAUGGUCCAGGAGGGGAGUUAGAUCAAUCAAGCGACCAAAUGGACGCAGACCAUCUCGAAAAUCACGCAGACGAUCACCACUUCGGGGACCAAGCGGAUGACCGCACCAGUGACAAACUAGGCGAAAGCAAAAAAACAGAUCAGGAACUAUUCCUAUUUAAAGACAUUUACGAAGAGCUAGAAAAACGCCCGAACGGUGAUAAGGACAGUAGUUAUUCAUAUGAUGAUAAUUUUUGCAAAGAAAAUAACGAUGCACGAUUUUUGGAUAAAUUAGAAUUCACCAGUAGUAACAACGAAUCAGACAACGCAGAAGGUCCGUCGGGCAAUUUAUUUCAUAUAGACAAGUCAUCCAUGGAAAUGUGGGAUAAAAUAAAUAGCAACGGUGCGGCAAGUUACGGGAAUGACGUAGGCUGCCUCAAUGAUGAUCCUUAUAGUGACUACGAUAAUGCAGACGGUGCCAAUUUUUCCAACGAAUUGGAUAUUACUCCCCAGAGGAGCGGGGCGUUUCUCCAUAGUGGGUAUAGCAUUGGUGAAGACCAGAAAGGAACUUCGCCAAAGGGAAAGGUUAAUCACAUGUAUCAUAGUAACAGCAGUGCGGGCUGCUCUGUCAGGAAGAGUCGAACUGGCGACUAUGGGGAGAAAUUCGAUAUGCAGGUGGAUAGCCCCUCCUCUUCCUUUUUUAAGGAGCAAAUGGGAAUAGGUGAAUCGGAAGGGGGCAGCAAAGACAUGGGUUAUUUCAAAAGGGGUGGUAACUCAUCAAGGGGGAACGAAGAAGAAGCAGUGGGUCUAUCAAAUGUUGACAUGCCAGAAGGAAUUAACUCACUUUAUAGUAAUAGAAGCCGAAAAGGUGUCGGAAAUUUUUCCUACGAAAGUAGAGACUCCCACGCGAGCACAGACGAUGUGUACUCUGGGAAGAGUACCAAACGGAGUGACACCUCUUUGGGCAACAACAAAUGUUAUGACAUCAGCAUGACCAGUAGCAACUUUAACCGAGAGGAAUCUUUACACUACUCCCACGAAUACAAUCUGUCCAUGGCGAGCAGCAGCUUAAGUUUAAGUAAACUAAAUGACAGUGAGAUAAAAAGUAAAAGAGUCGUUUUGCGAAGUAGUGACAAUGACAUAAACGCCGAUUCGUUGGGGGUGAAUUCGAACAGCAGCGUGAAGGGUUACCGCUCCAAUGGUGAAAACAAACCCAAAGGAGUCAACAGAACAGAUAGUUGCACCUUUUCCGCCAGGGAUAACCGAAUCGGGCGUACCGACAAUAAACCAGUUAGCAAAACAACCCCUACAAAAAAAGACAGUGACGCUCCUUCACAAAUUAGGAACAACAAUUUGAAAUUAAAAAGAAGCAGUAAGAAAAAGGAGGAGAAAACACCUGAAGAAAGCACCAACCUUGAGGGCUUUCAAAAAAGACGCACCGGUAGCGGCCAUAGCGCGAAAACAUCAAACAGUUUGGCUUCACCUAAAAAUAACAAUCGUGGGUAUGCUUCAAACGAAUUAAACAAAAGGGACGACUCUUAUCAUAGCAGCUCGGAUAGCAAUUCCAUUUUUGUCAACAAGAAAAGAACCAAUGGACGGGAAAAUGCCACUGCCACAUGCAACAGCAAUGACAGCACGGACAUUUGCGUCGACCUGAAUGAUGAAGAAUCGUGGGACGACACGGACAGGGCAAACGACAAAAAAGGAGACGCAAAGAAAAAAGGAAUUGUAGCGAUUAUAAAGGAUAGGUACAAGAAUGAGAAAAAGAAAAGGAAAGUCGAAGAGGAGGAAGGUGCUACGGGAAGAAGCCACCGCUCUAGCGAUAAAGGUGGUAGAAAAAAAGACGUAUCACUCAAUCAUGAGGAGAUUAACGAUCAAAGCAACAGUGACCAACUGAAUUUGCUGGGAAAGGAACUAAAUAACCAAAUAAACAAACUAGAAAGGGAACAAGAUAAAGUUAAGAAGUUAGAAUAUGAGCUCAUUGCGAAAAGUGCAGAAAUUGAACUUGAGAGAGAAGAAAUGAAAAACAAAAUGGAAGAGGAAAAAAAAAGGAUGAUAAAAAAUUUGGAAGAGGAAAAAAAAAAGUGGAACAAGGAAAAAAAAAGAAUAGAAAGUGAAGUAGACAAACAGAGGAGCAUCAUAAUGAGCAAAAGAAAACUAACCAACGAAAUGGCAAUGUUCAAAAAUCAAAUAAAAGAACUGGAAGAAAAGUUAACAACGGAAAAGAAGCAGCAUAAAAUAACUGUUGAGAAAUUGAGAAAACAGAUCGAAAAUUUAAAAAUUGAAAAUGAAAAACUCAAAACGGAGUUAAAAAUUUCAGACGAAUAUAGAAGUAAGUUAGAGAAUUACCAACAGAAAACCAUCAUGAAAUUGGCAACGAAUGUGGUUCAGGAGAAGAUAGUAAAAAAUACCGAUCCGAAAAGUUUGCCUCAUUUGUUGGAUUGCUCAGGAAGUUCCACCCCGGUGAAGAGCAAGCCAAAGGGGGGAAGUGUUAAAAUGGAAAGCGAAUCGGAUUCGUUAUAUCAACCCACCCUCAGCGAUGAUAAAACACUUCAUACAAAUGCACUACGUGAAGGUGACCCCUCUGUAGUGCCAUCGAAGGAGAUAAAAGGGAAAAAAAAAAUUACGCUUAACGAUUUAUUUGUGCACAAAAAUGAUGUGAAGUAUGGGCACACCUCCCCAAAGGAUGAUGCGUCUAUAGAUAAAAAUUUAGAAAAAAUGAAAUUCCUAAUAGAGAAAAAUAGAAAUGCCGAAAAGAGGGACAAGGUAUACAACGAGGAAGACAGCAUUAGUCAUACUACAAAUGAACAUAAUAAAAUAUUUAGGAAGUAUUUUUUUGACCACUCCAGCAAAAUAAAUGACAAAUUAUCUUACAAUAGUGGUUUCACAAACGAGGAGGAAGAAAAAGGGGACCCCCACGAGCAGAUCAGGGAGGCCUCCUUUCUGACCAACUACACCAAGCAGGAUAAGCAAAAUGGGAUAGAGGAAAAGGAACCCGAUAAGGGGAUCCCACUGGGAAGAGUCCAAGUUGAUACACCCAUGUGUAAUUCAUCAGAAAGUAAAUUAAACCGCAAUCUUUCCAACUCCAUUUUGUACAGGGUGACGAACGAGUUGGGAAUCCAUACAAAGGAUGAUAACCCAGCCAGGGCAUCAAAAAAUGGCACAAAUAGCAACAUCCCCACGACGAGUAACACACCGUUUAGGCGUUAUGGGGGGGAAGGAACAUCCUCAUUAAACACACCCACUGGUGAACUAAAAAGGAACAACACCACCAGACGAAAAAUCAACGACGAUAACAAAAGCAUUGACCACUUAAACCCUUUUGGCAAAAACUGGGACUUUAUAAUAAAUUUCAAUUUUGAUGAAUUAUUUAACAGCUGCGAAAAUGUGAUCGAAUCGAUAUUCUCCUCCACCAAGAAGAUGAAGUAUAGACAGGCCUUUGUCGAUGGGAAGGUGGAAACGUUAUUUGAAGACGGCUUACGAAUUAUUGAGAAAAACAGAAACAAGAAAAUUGUGGACCCCACGAAUUUAACAAUUUAUCUUUACCCCAGUAAGGAUUACCGUGCGCAGUUGCCAAAUUCGUACACGCUAUUCCGCUUUGUAAACAAAGGCAUAUACCAAGUGAACAUACCGAAUAAAUGCCAACUUAAUAAGUUUCCUAAUGGCCAGAUAGACUGCAAAUAUACCGAUGGCCACACGCAAAUUUUAUUUUGCGAUGGGCGAAGGAAGGAGAUUCUACCUAACAGGGAGGAAUACGCCAUCCUGCGCAACGGUACGAUCAAAAAGCUUAAUUAG